AUGUCUGAAGGCCAGACCUAUAUCGAUCGUCGCGGGGCAUCCAGGACACGUCCGAUGGAAGUGCUUGCCCUAGGAGCUGGGAGAACAGGCACCGACACAAUCCGCGUGGCACUCAAAAUCCUUGGUUACGACGACUGCUACCAUGGCUACAGCUGCCUUCUCGAGAAUCCACCUGACAGCUAUAUGUGGAAAGAGGCCGCUGAUGCUAAGUUCCGUGGAAAGGGCAAGCCGUAUACACGCGCACAAUGGGACAGUCUGUUGGGAGAUUGUGCGGCGGUCUCUGACUUGCCAUGUGUGGCCUUUGCACCCGAGCUUAUCGAGACAUAUCCCGAGGCUAAAGUCAUCCUGACCCACCCACCGAAGGACUUCGACUCGUGGUACAGAAGUAACGAGCGCACUAUCAUGGUCAUGUGGGAGGAUUGGACUCGGGAUAUGUGGGCUUUCUUCCAUCAAGAAGCCUACAUCACGAGGCACACAUUUUUCACCAUCUUUUGUGACUUUUGGGGGCGGAACUUUAGACAGAAUGCGCGUCGUGUCUUCGAUCAGCACUAUACUAUGAUCAGGGAGAAAGUGCCAGAGGAGCAACUUCUCGAAUACAAUGUCACGGAGGAAUGGGAGCCACUUUGCAAGUUCUUAGGCAAACCAAUUCCAGAUGUUCCCUUUCCAGCUGGGAACGAUCCCCAGGACUUCUUCCGUCGGUUUGCCGUUGUUGAUCGACGUCGUCGCCGUGAAGUUGUCGUUAAGGGGGUUGCCACAAUUCUGGGUGUUUCAGGGUUGCUUCUUGCAUUCCGCGAGAAAAGUCGACUGAUGGACCUGUCAGCCUCAGCGAUCGGUCUGCUCAAAUCAUGGCGCUGA